UCGAGUUAGUUCCUGUUGUCACUUACGUUAGAGCAGCUAUAAGCCAUCGUUCCCUCACCAGCCUCUCUUUAUCUCUUUCUUGAAGUUAAUAAGACAAAAACGGCUGACACUGGAGACUCCUUUCCUAAAUGUUAAUCAUCUCCUUAUUAUUAUUAUUAUUAUUAUUACUAUUAUUAUUAUUAGUCUUGGAUUAUGUGGCUCACCGGUUGCACACGUUCCUGUGAAUGAGCCGUUGCUAUAGAAACGGUGAUGUAUUAAUAUAAAUAAACGAGCGUUACUGAUUUGCGUUACUGGAGGAUUUGAGAGAAAUGUGUCACGGGUUGGAGUUUUAUUAAUUAUUUAUGAUCAUUUAUUAAUGGCCUGAAAGCUGAGACCAGGUACAAAUUCCUAAAACUGCCCCAAUAUAUUUUCAGCAGUAAUUGAUUUAUAGUUUAUUGGUUCAUUUCAUUGAUUAAUUAAUGAACUAAUUAAUUACUGAGUAAAUUAAAUUACAGACUGACUGAUGGUCCUUGUGCUCAUCAUUACUAAUCACCGACUAAUCGUUACACCGGCGGGGGGGGCGGGGCUGCUGACGUCAUGCCCGCCGCGCAUAAAUAACGCGGGCUGCGUUCGUUCCCUCGCGCACUGAAGUCAGCUCACGCGACCCGCAUCUCAGCCCGAGUUCCACCGGAAGCCUUUUAACGGAGAUGCGCGAGACGUGUUUCAGAGAAGUUUACUUCCUGUGUUUAAUGGUCUGCUGCCUCACCGGUUUUUAUUCUGAUGUCGAAUGUUAUCCGCUGAUCGACUGUGGAGAAGAUGGAGACUACAGACAGGGUUCAGCUGUGCAGAGCUCGCUGUGUGGACUCGUGUGGGGAGACAAGAACAAGGAGCAGGUACAGAACGUCUUCAAACGGUUCUUGUUUCACUACUCGAAGGCACAGAAUUCAGUCGGCACUGUCGAGAGAGAGUCGCACUCCGUCCACCCCCUGAUGCGUCUCUCGCCCAAGUUUACUCUGAGGAGGAAGAAACAGCAGGUUUUGUCUAGACACUGAAGAUGACUUGCGGUCGCUCGGACAGAUUCGUUCGAGGUAGGCGCUACUUCCAGCCGUAACAGGUUU